CUGCGCGACUGUCGCAGCGUUAAAUCAGUGUCUCCACCACGGUCCCAGUCGGCGGAGGUUUCUUUUCAUUACUGCUGCUGCUGCUACCUAUAAAACCUUCUGAACACGAGACAGGCGCCGAACAGAAAGACAAACAGUGUGUGCUUUAGUACAGUGUGUUGGGGCUUUUUUUUUUUAUUCCACCAGCCAGCGAGCACAAGCGUUGCCCUGGCCCGACAGGACAUUGGUUUUUUUUGGAGAUUUGUCGGGAAGUUUGUAGUGUAAGCGCUAAGUAAACGGUACGAAACACCGGGUGAGGAGUUAGCGCAAUCGGUAGCGAGAUUGAGAGUGUGUUAUCCUCGGCAACGAAAUAGCAGCAGUGCAGCGAAAGUGUACGUCAACAUGGUGAAGUUGCUGGCCUUAAUUGGCAUCCUCGCACUGACGGUGGCCACAGCCACGGCCGAAGUGCGAAUCAAGCGACAGGCGGAAGAAACCACCAAGAAGGAAGAGUCAUUCGAAAAAGAGCUUUGCAAAGACAAAGAUGCCGGUGAAUGGUUCCGGCUGGUAGCGGGCGAAGGCGAUAACUGCCGCGACGUCAUCCAGUGCACAUCGUCGGGUUUGCAAGCUAUCCGUUGCCCGGCCGGUUUGUAUUUCGACAUCGAGAAGCAAACCUGCGACUGGAAGGAUGCGGUAAAGAACUGUAAAUUCAAGAACAAGGAGCGCAAGGUUAAGCCACUGCUGAUCACGGACGAACCGCUCUGCCAGGACGGGUUCCUCGCCUGCGGUGACGGUAACUGUAUCGAGCGCGGACUCUUCUGCAACGGCGAGAAGGACUGCUCCGACGGCUCGGACGAGAACUCUUGCGAUAUCGAAAAUGAUCCGAACCGUGCGCCACCAUGCGAUGAGUCCGUGUGCCAGCUGCCGGAUUGCUUCUGCUCCGAGGAUGGUACCACCAUCCCCGGCAGUCUGCCAGCCAAGGAUGUGCCGAUGAUGAUCACCAUCACCUUCGACGACGCGAUCAACAACAACAACAUCGAUCUGUACAAGGAGAUCUUCAACGGCAAGCGCAAGAACCCGAACGGUUGCGACAUCAAGGCGACGUACUUUGUCUCCCAUAAGUACACCAACUACUCGGCUGUGCAGGAAACCCACCGCAAGGGUCACGAAAUUGCGGUUCACUCUAUCACACACAACGAUGAAGAACGCUUCUGGUCUAACGCGACCGUCGACGACUGGGCGAAGGAGAUGGCCGGCAUGAGAAUCAUCAUUGAGAAGUACGCCAACAUUACGGACAACUCGGUGGUUGGUGUGCGUGCACCGUACCUACGUGUCGGAGGCAACAACCAGUUCACCAUGAUGGAGGAGCAAGCGUUCCUGUACGACUCCACCAUCACUGCCCCGCUCUCGAACCCACCGCUCUGGCCGUACACGAUGUACUUCCGCAUGCCGCACCGGUGCCACGGUAAUUUGCAGAGCUGCCCGACCCGCUCGCACGCCGUCUGGGAGAUGGUGAUGAACGAGCUCGACCGCCGGGAGGAUCCGACCAACGACGAGUACCUGCCCGGUUGCGCCAUGGUCGACUCCUGCUCGAACAUUCUCACCGGUGAUCAGUUCUACAACUUCCUCAACCACAACUUCGACCGGCACUACGACCAGAACCGUGCACCGCUUGGUCUGUACUUCCACGCUGCCUGGUUGAAGAAUAACCCAGAGUUCCUGGACGCAUUCCUGUACUGGAUUGACGAAGUGCUCUCGAACCACAAUGACGUGUACUUCGUCACCAUGACCCAAGUCAUCCAGUGGAUCCAGAACCCGAGAACGACCAACGAGGUCAAGAACUUCGAACCAUGGAGGGAGAAGUGCGUCGUUGAGGGACAGCCUGCCUGUUGGGUACCACAUUCCUGCAAGCUCACCUCCAAGGAGGUGCCCGGGGAAACGAUCAAUCUGCAGACUUGUGUCCGCUGCCCCAACAACUACCCGUGGGUAAACGAUCCAACCGGUGAUGGCUUCUUCUAAGUUAUCGCACCUUGACUUAGUAGUGACGUUCUUCCCUUUUAUCAUUUCCUAUACCUUUCCCGACGCGUUCUCUUAGGAGGAUAGCGAUCGUGGAUAGGAAUUUUUAGCAUCUUUCUGGAUUUCAUGUCCAUAGAGAGCUAGCUAUUUUUUUCCUAUUUUCGAUUUUUCACGUUAUGACAUGAGGAACUGCAGCCAGUUCUUGGUCAUUCAAAGCAAUUGCAUCCAUCUCAUCUUUGGUGCAUUGCUCCAAUCGAAUAUCCUCCGCCCCCGGGGAGCUACCGGUUAGGACUAAAGCGACUCUUCAACCCCUACCUGGUACUCUCCUCAAUGUCUAGUCUCGCGCCUCGUAGCCGCUGUAAACAUUACCGAUGGCCAUCCACGAGACUACUAUGCAAUACCGCAUCAUCCGGGAGCGGAGAUGUAAUUCCUCUUACAUGAUGGAAUACACAACAAAAAAAAUCACGCAUAAAGAAGAGUAGAAAGAAAACAACGAAUGCUGUGGAUAUUACAAUUAUGUAUUUUUUGUCGUUUAUAACUUAAUUUAAUACAACACAAAUGAAAAAUUAAAAAAAUUAAUUGAAUAAUCAAACAAAAUAACAAAAAAAUGCAAAAAACCGUCCAUUCUACCCACGACAAAAAACACACACACACACAAACAGACACAACGCGGUAAAACGACAACGUAUGUAACCCUUGCUAUUGUACAUCCGAGUAGUCAGACAGACUAACAAAAAAAAAAACCCCAACACCCACCACGGUAUUCGUGAUGAACAGUGAGACCUCCUUUACAGAGAAGAAAACAAAGCAACAAAUCAUAACAACGAGAUGAUUGAACACGCAACAAACUCUUCCAGGGGUCACAAAAUGGCACCCCUGCCUAAAGCGGAAUUUGGUCACUCCAUUCGUUAUUACCUUGUCCUGUUUAUAUUUUUUUUGUUUUACAUUUUGCUGCCUCAGCUUACGGUACUUACUUCUCCCUAAUACCUACCCACCUCCCACCCCUUUUUCCUGCUUAAUCUCCAAAACCUUCUCGACUCGAUUAAUAUGUAAAUACUGUGUAGACGCUAGUUGUUUAAGGUGAUUUCUGUGCCGUAUAAGCGGUUUCUUGUUUGUGCGCGGAAUGGAAGAAAGCCCUCUUUCCAAAACCCUUACGUUUCAGGUUCAAUGUUUGUGGAGUCCCUACGCAUUUGAACGGGUUCAAGAUUUGGCGAAUUUGACAAGGAAAAAAAACAAUCGAACGAAUUACAACUUUGAAUUGAACGACAAAAUGAUGUCAAAGCUAGUUUGAAUGCAUAUUUAACAACAAAAAAAGCCUUUCUUCUUCUACACACCCACACAAACCCACCCAUUCCAUGUAAAAGAGACGACUGUUGUUAGCAGAAAAUUGGAAAGAAGACAAAAAUAAAGACUAUUUUAGAGAAAGAAACAAAACAAAA